AUGCAUAAAGCGUACAGCGUGUUUUACAUAAUCAAUCGUUCUCCCUUAACAAUAAUAUCUGAAGAAAUAUCUAUAUCUAUUGCUAAUAAUGAUAGCAACAAUAAUUCUAGUAAAAAUAGAAAUCUAGAAGUUACCGAGAAUUUAACGGGACCUAAUAAUAGUAAGAUCAAUUCAACCAUCAGAACUGAACGUGACAACACAGAAGAGGAUUUGACUUUAAAACGUAAUGAAUGGUUUUGGGACACAAAUUCAGAACAGAUCUUUGCACAGGACGGUAAAACAAUAAUAGCAGUGGGCCAUGCCUCCGUUAAAUCAAUAGUCCCACUUGAACUUUUACGUCAUAUAUAUCUUCCUCAGCAACCACAUGAUCGUAUAUUUGAUUCAACAACAAGAACUAUUUCAUAUCUUCAACCACGAUCACAUCUACCUGUUAAAUCGUUACAACAAGGCGAAAAGAAACGAAUUCUAGUAACUGGAGGUGCUGGUUUCGUUGGAUCUCAUUUGGUUGAUAGAUUGAUGUUAAUGGGGCAUGAAGUUAUUGUACUUGAUAAUUUCUUUACCGGUCGUAAAAAUAAUCUUGCCCACUGGAUUAGUCAUCCCAACUUCGAGUUGAUUCGCCAUGACGUGGUUGAUCCUUUUUUAAUUGAAGUGGAUCAAAUUUACCAUUUGGCUUGUCCUGCAUCACCGCCUCAUUAUCAAUAUAACCCUAUUAAAACUGUAAAAACUAGCGUAAUGGGCACGAUCAAUAUGUUGGGUCUUGCUAAACGCGUUAAAGCUCGAUUUUUGUUAACCUCUACUUCAGGCAUGUAUAAUUAUUAUGAUUAUAAUUUCUACAUUUAUAUUUCAACUCAAGUGUAUGGUGAUCCUGAAGAACACCCUCAAGCUGAGACUUAUUGGGGCCACGUCAAUCCAAUCGGACCAAGGGCAUGUUAUGACGAAGGAAAACGAGUUGCAGAGACCUUAACUUAUGCUUACAUGCAUCAAGACAAUGUUGAUGUUAGAGUUGCUCGUAUUUUUAAUACUUUCGGUCCUCGUAUGAAUGAAAAUGAUGGUCGCGUAGUCAGUAAUUUUAUCAUGCAGGCUCUUAAAGGAGAGGAGCUCACCAUUUAUGGAGAUGGUCUUCAAACGCGUUCUUUUCAAUACGUACAUGACUUGGUAGAUGGCAUGAUUUUAUUGAUGAAUACAGAUUAUAUGGAACCUGUUAAUUUAGGUAAUCCAGAUGAGUAUACAAUACGUGAAUUUGCCGAGCUUAUCCGUAGUGAGGUUAAUAGUUCCUGUAAGAUCAAGUCUUUACCAGCACCAACAGAUGAUCCUAAAAAACGAAGACCGGAUAUUUCAAGAGCAGAACAAAUUCUUGGAUGGAAACCUAGGUGGCCAGUAAAACAGGGUAUAGGUGAAACUGUCAAAUAUUUUCAAAGGCAAAUGGAGGCAGGUCUUAUAUGA